AUAGUAGAGAAAGAGAUGGGGUUGCCAUUGCCAAUGAGAUGGAAGGUGGAGACAGAGGUAGAGAUCAAAGCUUCGGCGGAGAAGUUCCACCACAUGUUCGCAGGGAGGCCGCAUCAUGUGUCCAACGCCACUCCUCACAACAUUCAGAGCUGUGACCUUCAUGAGGGCGAGUGGGGCAAAGUCGGCUCUAUCAUCUUCUGGAAAUAUGUUCAUGAUGGGCAGGAGAGAGUGGCGAAAGAUGUGAUAGAGGCCGUGGACCCAGACAAAAACAUGAUAAGAUUCAGGGUUAUAGAUGGAGAUGUACUGAAAGAGUACAAGACAUUCCUAAUGACAAUCCAUGUGACCCCAAAGGAGGGAGGGGAGGGGAGUGUGGUGCAUUGGCUCUUGGAAUACGAGAAACUCGACGACAAAGUGGCUCACCCCGAGACUCUUGUUCAGUUAUGUGCUGAAAUCUCCAAGGAUAUCGACAAACAUCUCUUGUCCGAGAAAGAGAAAGAGAUGGGGUUGCCAAUGAGAUGGAAGGUGGAGACGGAGGUGGAGAUCAAAGCUUCGGCGGAGAAGUUCCACCACAUGUUCGUAGGGAGGCCGCACCAUGUGUCCAACGCCACUCCUCACAACGUCCAGGGCUGUGAGCUUCAUGAGGGCGAGUGGGGCAAAGUCGGCUCUAUCGUCUUCUGGAAAUAUGUUCAUGAUGGGGAGCAGAAAGUGGCGAAAGAGGUGAUAGAGGCGGUGGACCCAGACAAAAACAUGAUAUCGUUCAGGGUUAUAGAUGGAGAUAUAAUGAAAGAGUACAAGACGUUCCUCAUCACGAUCUACGUGACCCCAAAGGAGGGAGGGGAGGGGAGCGUGGCGCAUUGGCACUUGGAGUACGAGAAACUGGACGACAAAGUGGCUCACCCCGAGACUCUUGUCCAGUUCUGCGCCGAUGUCUCCAAGGAUAUCGACCAGCACCUCCUGUCCGGGGCCUAGAUCGAUGCAUAUGCCUCAGUUCCCUCCCGUCCAUUACAUAUAAGUCGUGAUGAAACUAUUCAAUAAGAGCUACUAUACAGAUGUGGUAGCCCUCUCUCUUUAUGAUAUAGACAUAUAUGUGUGUAUAUGUAAUUUCUCCGUGGUUUGUUACGCAAGUGUGGCUGUUGUUAUGUAAUUGUGCCUGCGAUGGGAACCGAGGCUUUUAUGUGCUACCGUUUCAUCUUUACUUAUUUAUGUAAAAUAUCCAUAGAAAUAUCACAUUUCAUAUUACAAAUC